UUGGUUAAAAACACACUAUAUUGGAUUCAUAUCGAUAUCGACAGAUAUCCAAAUUUAUGAUAUUGGUAUCGGUAUCUGACAUAAAAAAGUGGUAUGGUGUGCACCUACCCUUGUCUGCCGGAAGGAUGAUAAUUUUUUUGCAAUUACUAAGUGAUGGGAGUGCCUUCCUCUCCUCCAUGCUGAUGUUGGAAACUGGGGGCUUUGCAUUGCUGAGACAGGCCAAAACUUUUGUCCGCAGUUACUCUACUUCCACAUCUGCAUUGUUGUUGUUUCAAAUUGCUGAUUCUGUGGCUGUAAUCAGUUCCACUAGUGGGAUUUGCCUCCGUGUCAUAGCAAAGUACAUCCCUUUUGCAAGGAUAUUUUUCUCUGUUUGAGUGAGUUGUCUGUCAGACCUUUUUGGUCUUACAAUAACAUGUGCAGACAAAAACUAGAGGCAGACAGACUGGCAUGACCAUAAAUGAUAGAAAACUGCAGUUUUCUAUCUAAUGAAUCAAGUGCACAUAAAUUAAUUCAGUAGCACGAUUAUUUAUUUUUUCAACAUGGCUUCUUUGGUGGGUGUUCCAUCUCUGAGGAGAAACCCUGUUAAUGUUGACAUUAAAAGUCCAGUAAGUUCUUUGUAGCACGUGCAAAUAUAUAAUUGUCCAACAUUAAGAAAACCUUUGGCGCACACAGCAGAUGUGUCUUUGACUUUUUCUCAAGGAAUCUUUAAUCAUAACUGCAAAAGAGAGAUACAAGAUUGAAUGUAUAUAUUUUGUCGCAUUUGCUGUGCUAGUCAAAGCUGUUUGUAUGCAGUUUCUAGCUAAACAUAUAUGCACAGCCAGUUUACUGGAAAAACUGUUAGCUGAAUUCUGCAGGAACAUCUCCCAUUUAAUUUGUUUGUGGAAAACUGAAAAGUGGCUGAAAGAGCAGUCAAAUGCUGUGGCUGCAGAUAAAGAUUUACAGUUUUGCCAGUUGUAAUUUUCAUAGCAAAUAUCCUCUUGUCAUCAUGUCAUAAUUGCUCUUUUAUUUACUUUGUCUUGCCACAGCGGUCUGUCUAAUUUGUUUAAAACUCUGAUAGUGUACUGAAGAAAAAUGUUUCCAUUUGAGAAAUGGUGUCCAAAAAACUUUAAUUUCUCUUUGCUGAUAUGCUCCUCAUUUCACAGGUUUGAAUUUAUUCUUUUCAUUGUUCCAGUUUGUUCCUUGACUGCUGUACGCCUGUGUGGAAAUGUCAGUUUGGGAAAUUAAAUCUGUUAAAUGCAUCAUAGUAAUCUGAUGUUAUAGAAUGAACAUAAAUGAGAGAUAUCAGUGUUCAUCCCUGACAGGAUAGUACUAGAUGAGACAGGAAACUGAGUAGUUGUUAAUGCAUCUGGGAAUUGAGUUUUCGUAGUGUUGUCCUCAGUGGUAUCAAGUGAGUAUCUCGUUAAUAUUUACUGACUUUAGCAUAAAUAUGUGUUGUAUUAACAGACAGCAGAAGUUUAAAUCUGAUUUUAAGUUACAUUAUAGACAUCUUAGAUUUUGUAAAAGAAAAGAAAAAAAGUUAGUCCUUUUAUCCAUAGGCUUUCACUGUUUACAUUGAAGCGGAUAGUGAUGUCAGAACCCUGCUCUGAGAGAAUUAUAUAUUAUGUUGAACCUUUUCAAUUUGCAACUAUGGAGGAAAACAUCGCAUAUAAAUAAAAUGAAAACAAUUACGGAGGCAAGAGUGCGACAGAAGCAGAGUGUUAUCUGUAAAGAGCUCUUCUCUCUGUCAUCGACUGUUAGAAGUACUGUAUUUUUAUGUGAGCAUUUAUUUGCUUUUCCAGUUGACUAAUUGCAUUACUAAAUGCAGAGGGAGAAACGUGCAGUCUUUUGGAAGUUGCCUUGUUGUCUGUUCUCCUCUUUUUAUCUACAUGAUGAUACUGAUUGCACUUACUGUGUUGUCUUAAUGGCCUUGAUAGUUGAUUAUAUGAACAAAACAUUUAAAUGAAUGACAGUCAUUUCUAGGUUUCUAACAUCAUAUUCAGCAGGCAUUUGUAGCUGUGUGUAUAUGUUUCCAAGUGCUGCAGUUUGCUGCACUUUAUGGAACUCUGAUUGUAGAACCUUUCAUGUUGCAAAUGUAGUAAAAAAGAGGAGUUUGAGGCAAGUGGUGUUUAUUUAGUUGCAAUUUGCACUGUCACCGCUGGAUGCCACCAAAACUUACACACUGGUCUUUUAGGUGAAGGAGCUUGCUGGACUGUGUUUAACUGUUGUGACCACUAGAGAGCACAACAGUGUAAAUUUUCCCUUCUCCAUCUCUGCCAAACCUUACUGUAUAUAUGUAUAUAUGCUAGGAUUUAAAAAAAAAACUCUAUAAUGUAGUUCUGCAGAGAAAAAUGUGAACAAAACAACUAAACUACUUAGUGUUUGGAAAUAUAUAGGCUUUAAUGAUGAAUACACUGUUGUAAAGAAAAUGUAACUCAAGUGACUGGCUGAAUUGGGUAUACUUUUAACAAGACAACCUAAAUCUAUUCAUGUUGAAGAUGGUGAUUGUUUGGAUGCUUUUAAUGUGAUGGUAAAGGAUUUUACAGUGGUUAGAGUUUGGAUUGUGGCUAGUGAGAACACUACUUUCCCUGCUGUUGUGCUAAAGAAGAGCUGAAAUCAGAGUCUGUAAAAUCCUUAUUAGACCUGAAUCUAAAUGUUUGCGCUUAGAAAGGGGAGAUAAAUGCAUUUGAGCACAUUGUUUACAGCUCUGAGAGACAAUGAAACUGUUGAAGAUAAAAUAAAACACAAUAGGAUCAUCACAUGAAAAAUCAAUCAAAUCAAUAUUUAAUGAAGACAUGCAAAAUUUGAGCUUCAUACCAUGGAAAUUUCCUUAUUUCUAAUUAGAGAUCACUCAAUUUUUAGGUUGCAUUUACAGGUGAUGAAAUCCUAGUGCAUGAACAUUAGGGGGUUACAUUCAGUCAGGCUGUGCAUUUAAUCCUUAAUGAACUUUGACCUGGUCAUGCCAGGAUUGGAUCACAGCAUCCUGAACCUAACCUGUUCAGACUCAACAUCUACUCCUAACAGGGGAUUGAAAGUCUGUGGUUUUUUAAAAGCGAGGUGCUCAUCCAUCAUUUGCCUAUUUGAGAAGUCAAGAUUUAAUUGAAAGAUCAGAUGUUUUUGUUAGCCUGAUCAUUUCCGUGAAGUUGACUGCUUUUUGGGGUGCUUGGCUGAUAGUACAAUAACGUAUUGUUAUUUUUUGUAUUUAUUUAUUUCAUGCAGCAUCUUGGGUGGGUGUGCUGUCUCUCCAAGGCUACGGGGGGACUAGCUGUGUUAAUUUUGAUAUUAAAAAUGCUUCUGGGUCUUUAUGGCCACAUGCAAAUAUGCAAUAUUUUCUAAACAAACACAGAUUAAAUCAGUGAAAUUAAACAAACCUGAAACUGAAGUACUGAAACCUUUGUGCAGUGCAUGGCUCAGGAUAGCAUUCUAAUAUCAUAUGAUCUGUAUGGAUAAGACAAUAAUCCCAGUGUAUGCCUAAAAAUAUCAGAGCCUGCCAUUGUUUUAUCCCCUGGAGCUGUGAAUCUGAUUAGAAGGGGCUUGAUGGUGCAAGGAUGGAUGUUAGUUGAAGGUUUGCAUUUUGGGAAGUGUGAAAUUGCACAUUUCAAACUAAAGGUAAUGGCACAGAUUUCCACUGGCUUUUUGUCACUUGGUUUGUGCAACCAAAAUACACAAAGGCAGAGUUAAAUCAAAGUGUGUUAGAACAGAAACAGUAUUAACCUGCCACACAACUACACCAAACAGUCACUGGGCCUUUUCUUAUAAAGCUGUGAGGCAGCUGUUGGUGCUGUGUCUCUGUGAGGCUCGUGCUGCAUCGACCUGUUAUAGGGGUGAGAUGUAACCGGAGAUAGUUGACCUAAUUUUUGGGUGUUGUGGUAUGCGAGGGAGUCGAGGUGAUCAGAAAAGAAGACGAGGUCAUCUCACGAUCCAGUCUCUGCCAUCUUAUAGCAACAACACCAGCAGCACAGACAGCAGGGAACCAAGCCUUGUUCAGCGAAAAUCAAGCCUGUGGCAUCGUGUCCGUGUCGCACAAAGGUCCAAAUGUUGUUAUGCAACAUUCCCUUUUAUGUUCUCUGAAAUGCUGAUAACAGAGUUCUUAGAGGCUGCACCCACUUCAUGAGAGCUGUAAACAGACUUAAGGUCCCUCCAGAUUAUGAGCUUCAAGGAAACUUAGAUAUGUCAUUGAGUUUCAUGUAUGCAGACUAUAUUGUGAUAAUACCUUCACCAAUCCAAUGCUGUUUUUUUUCCCCCAUGCUUUGUGAUCCUUGGUGCACGCAAGAUGUGAUAACUGGCAGAAAAUUCAAUUAAAUUUUUCUUUUUGAUAUAGCGCCAGUUCAGAAUAACAGUUGCCCUUAAACAAUUAAAAUGAUACUGCCUUUAAAGCUCAAUUCUAAACGCUCAACUCUUAACUUUCAUUUGUAAUUUUAUAUAGUCAUCGAAUCACUUAGCAUUAGUUUCUUUGCUUCUUAGCUUCUUAACUUGGAGUUGUUGACAAAAAUAUGACAAACAUGUGACAGCUGACCAGGUUUCUGAAUGUUAUUCAUCACAAACUGCAGGUUUCUCAACUGAAUACCAGGGCCAGUGAUGGAUUUUUAGUGAUAGCUCCACUGAACAGACAUUUUAUUGAUGAAAUAAAUUGCAUAUUAGUUGCAUGAUUGCAACUGAUAUGAGAAAAGUUAUCUAGGAGUUGACUUUAAUGCAAGAACUUGCUCAGCCAGAGUACCAGUUUGUGUGCAUACAUUUCAAAAAGAAUGUUGGACGUGUUCAGAUGCAUCCAGAAAUGUAAAGACAGUGUAGUUUGCAUGUUUCUACAUGUGUGUAGAUCUGCAUGAUCUAUAUAUAUAUAUAUGAGAAUUUCCAGAAAGAUGAGCAUAAGAUACGUAAAAUAUGUAUAUAUGUGUUAACUUGCAUUGAGUCACGUCUAUUAGUUGAUCUUUCAUGCGUGACUGACCACUGAAUGCCCAAGCAGCUCGAUGCUCACACCGAAAGUUGACCCCUGUGACUUUUAAUGCAUCGUCAAGCAUUUUGCUGCAUUUGUGUUUCCACGUGGAGGGCCGUAUGCUGUGUGUUUAAAAAUGUGUGUGCUCAGCAGCAGUCAUCAACCCAUUCUCAUUGAUUUUAAAGGUUUCCUUUUUUUCCUCCCCCGGCUCAAUUUCACAGCUGUUUAUGAGUUUUGUUUGUGUGUUUGUGUGUGUUGACAGGGACACUGUAUUCUAGUGUUCGAGCCCUUCUGUAUAGGGGGAGGGCCUAUGUUUUCUAAUCUAUUUUGAGCAAAAACCCCUCCCUCCCUUGCUGUUGCUGUAGAUAUAUAAGGCCUCUGCAGACACACAAUCUUUUCUUCACUCUCGUUUUAGCUGAGACGCCAAACUGGAGAUGCCUCAAUUUGAGAAAACCACGGUCCACAUGAAGGACCACGGGAAGGUGGAGGACAUCAUCUGCGGUCUCAUCAAAGGAGGAGCUUCCAAACUGCAGAUCAUCACAGACUUUGACAUGACGUUAAGCAAAUUCUCAGUUAACGGCAAGCGUUGUCCGACGUGUCACAAUAUCAUUGAUAACUGCAAACUGGUAACAGAAGAGUGCAGGAGUAAGCUGCUAGCGCUGAAGAAUAAAUAUUAUCCCAUUGAGAUCGACCCUCAACUCAGCAUGGAAGAGAAAUACCCGUUUAUGGUGGAGUGGUAUUUCAAUUCUCACCGACUGCUUGUGGAGCAGCGGUUAGAGAGGGACAAGCUGCCAGAGGUGGUCAGAGAGUCUGAGGUUGCCCUCAGAGACGGCUUUGAGCAGUUCUUUGACCGCCUGCAUCAGCACAAUGUGCCUGUGUUCAUUUUCUCUGCUGGCCUAGGAGAUGUCCUAGAGGAAAUCAUGCGCCAGGCAGGAGUGUAUCACCCCAACGUCAAGGUCGUCUCCAACUUCAUGGACUUUGAUGAAAAUGGCAUCUUGAAGGGAUUUAAAGGUGAGCUGAUCCAUGUGUACAACAAACACGACGGUGCCCUGCGGAGCUCAGAGUACUUCAAACAAAUCAAAGAGUACUCCAACAUCAUCUUGCUGGGCGACUCACUGGGGGACCUAAGCAUGGCUGAUGGUGUGACCAAUGCGGAGAACAUCUUAAAGAUUGGCUUCCUCAAUGACAAGGUGGAAGAGCGACUUGACAAAUAUCUGGACUCUUAUGACAUAGUUCUGGUGAAGGACGAGACAUUGGAAGUCCCAAAUGCCAUCCUCCAGAAGAUUCUUUAAGUCCACCUCUGAGCUGACCGCAAACCCACACCACACCCAGUCCACCUCUCUGUCCCCCCUUCAAUCUGGAGCCAGUUAGGCUUGACACCCUUUUUAACCAGCUCCACUCUGUCUCAGCACAUCACCCUUUGACAGGCUUUUAAAAAAGACAUUUUACAUCUUGUAAAUGAAGUCCACUCAGCAUCAACAGACUGUCUCUGGUGUUUUUUGUCUGUUGCAGUUGUUUCUGAUGUUUUUUUUUCCUCUAUAUAUAUUUUUAUGAAAUAAUAACAUCUGAAUAUUUGCACAGUAUUGUUAUCAUAGCUUUUUCUAGGAGUAUUUUUAUUAUGGUGAUGUUUCAAUACCAUGUAUGAGGUGCCCACAGAUGGAUGAAACAGUUUGGUUUUUCUUCUUUCUUUUUUUUUUGGAGCUAUCCCAGCAUGCCUGUCACCUCAGUUACUCUACUUUUGCGACUUGGCAGUAAGAUGUCAUUCUAGCCAGUCUUGCAACGUAAACUGUUGUUGUUAGACAUGCCACAUAUCUGUACAGGUAAGGCUUAAAGGUUGGGAAAGUAAUUAAGAACAUUUAGUAAUGGACCUUUUUAUCAGUAAUACUUUUUUUUUUUUUUCCAAUCUCUUGCUUGGUUACAGAAGCAUCAGCAGCCAGUAUUGUUUUUUUUUUUGUUUUUUUUGUUGUUGUUGGGUUUUUUUUUUUGGAUAAAGAAGAGAGAUUUGGGGUGUCAACAUGAAACUCAUGUGAUGAUGAGAAAUGAGAUGAAAAGCACUUUAAAUUCUAUGUAUGGGGAAAUUAAGUCUCCUGUUGAUGUGCAGAGGUGGCACCGUUUUGAUUUAUGGAUGUUGGAACAGGUUCUAAGGCCAUGUUUACAUGCAUUCAAUUUAUAUCCAAAUGUGCUCAUUCAUACUUAUUUCCACCUGUUGUAAUGCUACAACUGAAACAUUUAUGGCAAAUGCCAUUUUUGAUUAAGGAGUUUACACGGCUCUCUUACUCAAGUAUUCUCUGUGCCAGAGAUAAAGGUUACAGAAGUAUUAACUAAUGCUGAAGUAUACCUGUAGUUGUCAUUAGCGGGAAUUAGCGGGAACUAAAAAGCCACAAUAAGUCCCGAAAAUCUGGCACCAUAAGCUUCUCUAUUGAAAUAAAUAUUACAUUAUUUAUGAAGAAAUGUAGUUUAUUUCACAGUUUCAGUAAAGAAAGAAGUCACCUGCUGUCUAUGGCUCACAAAAACCCAGCAUAAGACCUGUUAAAUGUAAUGUGUUUUAUCACCUUUACAUUCUCAGUGAGCACUACCUCUAAAAUAUUCAUCUUUAUGUUUUUGGAGGUUCAGAACUAAAACGUCUCAACAUGUUGUGUAGAAUGUUGAAUUUGUUUGUGGUUUAAAUGUGCUGCUAUCACCUGCAUGUUGCCUUUUGUUAUUGUUCAGUUUAUAUUAAAGACACGGGACACUUAAAAAGAUAUAUCAAUAAAAUGGAGAAUACUGGCAUACUGUAAAUGUGGGCAUUGUAUCAAAAUGUAUAUUAUUUUACUGCAUUUGGAGAUAUUUUCAGAAGUUUAGACUGGUGUGUUUUAUUUUUAUAAGCUGAAAGGCUUUAUUUUAUGGUGUGAAAAGAAAACAUAAUAAAGUCAUUGUUGUCAGGCC